AUGGCGUCGAAUUCUUACGAUUCUUGUUCCUCUUCCAUGGUUGACCGGGUUGUAGACUUUGACAUAACCUCUUUUGACUUUGAUGAGCCUCAUUAUGUGGAUGCACUACCCAAAGGUCUAGACACUACUUGUUCUAUAUGUUUUGCCCCUUUACACGAAGAUCCUUUUAUCAAUAUUGACUGUGGCCAUCAUUUUUGUGGCUCAUGCACAAGUAGGAUAACACAGUGCCCUGAAUGUCGCUGUAUUUUACGAGCUGUCACAGACAAGGGUCUUCGGAGGACCCUCUUAUCGCUGCAAGUUUACUGCAAUAAGAAAAACGAGGGUUGUGCUUGGAAAGGUGAUCUAGGAGAACUUGGAAGUCAUAGAAAUGAUUGCUUGUAUGUAAACAUCCAGUGCAGUGCUUGCAGCAAUGAUGUGCUGAAGUGUCAAAUUGACAAACACCGCAAGGAAGAAUGUCCUUUCCGUCCAGCAAAUUGUGAGCAUUGUGGCGUAGAUUGCAGCUGGCUUGAGUUGCAUGAGAUACAUAUUGAUGAGUGUUCACUGUGUCCUCUUACUUGUUUGUGUGGCAAGAUUAUUCCAAGAGGAGAAAUGGAGAGACAUGAAGGAUUUGAAUGUCCUAAAGCUACUGUCGUAUGCGAGGCCCACAAGUAUGGCUGUACUUGGGAAGGACCACGUGAAGACCAUGAGAAACAUUUCCGUGACAAUUGGAUUAGCCACUUUAGCAGAAUGUGUGAUCGGCAUUGUGAUAUCAAGGUUGAAAUGACUGAAGAGAAGAUACAGAAGUGCAUGGAAGAUAUCAGUGGAGUUCAAUCUGAUAUAGACAACUGCAGGAAGGAAUUGAGCAAAAAGAUGGAGCAUGCUAUAGACAAGAGUAACAAAGAGUUAAGCAAUCAAGUUGAAUCAGCUCAAGUGAGGAUUGACAGAUGCAAGGAGAACAUUAGAGACCUGAGGAUAGACAAGGAUGAGGAAAUCAAUUUACUGUACAAGUUAUCUCAAGAGAAAAUUGAUGAAUGCAUGAAAGAGAUAGGGGACCUAAAGAAUGAAAUUGAGGAAAAGAAUGAAACAAUUUUGUCACUAGACCAGAGGAUUUCUGAUCUUGAGGUAAUUUUUUGUGAUCAUGUAGAUCUAUAUCUCAGAAUGUCUGAGCUACAAAAAAGGAUGGAAGAGGAAAUGAGCAUAAUUUUAAAGAAAGCAGAGACUGCAGCACCACACAUUCAAAAGCCACUUGAACCACCAUCAGUUGCAAACAUGGAGGGGAAAAUGGACAUGGUUUUAAAGAAAGCGGAGACUACAGCACCACUCAUUCAAAAGCCACUUGAACCACCACCAGUUGCAGCUGGAGUCACCGUAGCCAAAAAAUCGGCGAAAAACAAAAGUAAAGAACAUGGUGACAAUGCAGCUAGCAAAAACAUUGUUGGUGAAGCUAAGGCUAAUCCAGGUUGUCCAGCUAAACCUAUCAUGAAAGAAAAGCCAAGUUGUACAUACAUUUUGAACUUUCCUUCUGCUCAAGGGAAAGUUCCAAAAGAGGUAUAUUCAAGUCCACAGUUUUAUGCUGGCUUUUAUAAGAUGCGCUUACGUGUUCAUCCAUAUGGUUGUGGCAAUGGUAAGGGUCAGUAUCUGUCUGUCUAUAUUUGCCUUGUCAAAGGGAAAUAUGAUGAAGAGUUUGCUGAAUGGCCUUUUCGAGGAAAAGUCACAGUUGAAUUGGAACAUAAUGCAAAUGGGAAGCCUCAUAGUAAAACCAUCAUAUACCAUAAACAUACUCCAGAAUCAUUUUCUACAGUAGAUGUAGAAACUCAAAGCUCUAAGGGUAAUGGUUUGCCAACAUUUUUAGCUCAUACAGAAUUAGAUCAGUAUAUGAAAUUAAACAGAUUAGUUUUUAAAGUAUAUGUAAAAGUAAAUGUUUAA